AGACACUUCUCUGUCUCAGUUCAAAGGGGCCACAUUACCUUGUCUUAUCUGUCCCUUCAAACUUCUGAUCUUCUCUGUUAACUGCUUUAAGCCAACACCAUCAUGUCAUUCUCCCAAGUCUCCAUCAAGAAGCAGCACACUGUUAGAAGCAGUGGUGGUGGUGGUGGUGGUGGAAUGGGGGGUUUUAGUGCGUGUUCACUUGGAGGAAUGGCAAGAGGAUCUCGGGCUGGAGGCAGCUUUGGGUCACGCAGUCUUUAUAGCCUUGGUGGAAAAUCUAAAACUUCCAUAAGCGCAGCCAGUGCUCGAAGUGUGGCAGGUGGAGGAUAUGGUGGUGGCUUUGGAGGAGGACACGGUGGUGGCUUUGGAGGAGGACAAGGUGGUGGCUUUGGAGGAGGACAAGGUGGUGGCUUUGGAGGAGGACAAGGUGGUGGAAUGUUUGGUGGUGCAGGGGGCAUGGGUGGUAUGGGAGGUAUGGGUGGUAUGGGAGGCAUGGGUGGUAUGGGAGGCAUGGGAGGCCCAGGAUUUGAUGGAGGGGAUAUUGGAUUCCCUGUUUGCCCACCUGGUGGAAUCCAGAAUGUUACCAUCAAUACACAACUUCUGCGACCACUUGAUCUGGCUAUAGAUCCAGCAAUCCAGAAAGUAAAAGCAGAGGAAAGAGAACAAAUUAAAACUCUCAACAACAAGUUUGCUACUUUCAUUGACAAGGUCAGAUUUCUGGAACAACAGAACAAGGUCCUAGAAACAAAAUGGAAACUAUUACAGGAACAGGGCACCAAGGGCAGCACCAAAAGGGCCAACCUAGAGCCCCUGUUUGAGAAAUACAUUUCUGACCUGAAGAGAUAUCUAGAUAACUUAAUAAAUGAAAAGAGCCGUUUGCAGUAUGAACUGAAGAAUAUGCAAGAUCUUGUAGAGGAUUAUAAGAAAAAAUAUGAAGAUGAAAUUAACAAGCGUACAAAAGCAGAAAAUGAAUUUGUGAUACUUAAGAAGGAUGUUGAUGCUGCCUACAUGAUCAAAACAGAACUUGAGGCCAAGGUGGACACAUUGACAAGUGAAAUCAAUUUCUUAAGAACUCUUUAUGAUGCGGAAUUGUCACAGGUACACGAUCAAGUCACUGACACCUCAGUUGUCCUGACCAUGGAUAACAACCGUGACUUGAAUCUGGAUAGUAUCAUUAAAGAAGUUAAAUGUCAAUAUGAACAAAUUGCACAUAGAAGCAAAUUGGAAGCUGAAGCUUUAUACGAAAAUAAGUACAAGCAGCUACAGCAAACAGUUGAAGGACAUGGUGACAGCAUAAAGAAUUCCAAGACUGAAAUAUCAGAUCUGAACCGUAAGAUUCAGAGGCUGAAGGCUGAAAUUGAAAAUGUCAAGAAGCAGAUUGCAGCUCUGAAUCAAUCCAUUGCUGGAGCUGAAGAACGUGGGAACCGUGCUCUCAAGGAUGCUGAAAAGAAACUUAAGGAUCUUGAAGCUGCUGAAAAGAAACUUAAAGAGGACAUGGCUCGUCAACUUAAAGAAUACCAAGAACUUAUGUCUGCUAAGCUUGCUCUGGACAUGGAAAUUAGCACUUACAGAUACAUGCUGGAAGGAGAAGAGGACAGAAUGUCUGGACAGAUUUUAAACAAUGUCAGCAUAUCUGUAAUCAGCGGAGGCUCAAAUGUAUAUAAUGCCCUUGGUGGUUCAGCAGGCGGAAUGGGAGGCGGCGGCGGCAGCGGCAUGGGAGGAGGAAUGGGAUUUGGAGGCGGCAUGGGAGGUGGAGUAGGAUUUGGAGGCGGCAUGGGAUCUGGCCACGGUGGUGGAUAUGGCCAUGGAGGAGCUGGGUGCUUUGGAGCUGGAGGAAUGGGAUAUGAAGGUUAUGAAGGUGGAUCCAUGCACGGAGGAAGCGGCUCAUACGGCCAUUCUGGAGGCAAAACCUCAGUGGCAAUUGCAUCAACAACCUCCACAACCAAGAAAACCUAUUAAUUUACAGCAGCAGUACUAUAAAGCCACAGAUCACUUCACAUAACAUGAAGUAGUUUCUAAUGAUUGUGUCACCCUACACCUGUUCCUGUUAAAAUUCCCAUCGUAAAUAUCCGAGAAAACUGGUUUCCAAUCGUGCAAGUCAUGAUUGCAUCUAGUUCUGUAAAUUCCUGCUUAACCUUUAGCUGAGCAGAGAGGGGAACCUGGUGUUUGUACAUAACAUCCUCUUAAUGCGUUGCUGCAUUUUCCUAAAAUGUUCUAGAACUUCUUUCUCUGUAUCUUCAAUAAACUGCAUUUGGAUCUCAAA